AUGCGGAGCGCUUACAUUCGAUCAGCGACUCUGCUGUCCGGGCUGGCUUGGACAGUGGCUGCCGACUGCGAAUGUGGCUAUUCCGUCAAUUCCACCUCGUCCUCGCAACACGAAGUUUUUACCGACCUGAUCGAAUCGGAUUUCCUCACUAUCCAAAACAUCUCGGUCGACACGGAUUGGAAGAUUCAGAGAUAUUGGACAUCCUACGAUCCCAGUUCUGGAUAUUACGGGGAGAAUUUCACCAAUGCCAACGUGGUUUCCAACCCGCUCAAAUAUAAUUACUCUCUUGAACACCCGACCGAAAGUCAGCUGGGCGGCGAUGCCGGUCUGCAACUCUGGGUUCGCAGUCAGAUCCAGUCCAACGGACUGGUCCCCUGCGGCCAGGUCAAAACGACCCGCGAUGAUAUUCAAUACGGUUCAUUUCGCACUUCGAUGAAGUUAACUGCGGUCAAUGGAACCUGCAGUGCCUUUUUCUCCUAUUAUAACGAUACACAAGAAAUUGACAUGGAGCUUCUUUCUCGGCAAUAUACCAACUAUACCCUCUCGGGCUCAGAUAGCGCGUCGUCUCCCAUCAACUUGGUAUUUCACUCGGUCCAAUCCAUCAUUGAUGGUUAUCAGUUACCCAACACAUCCACAUACGGCCGUCCAGUCAUUCCAGCCGCCCUCACUGACGAGUAUCACGAAUACCGCUUUGAUUGGAUGCCCAACCGUGUUUCAUUCUAUUUUGACGGCAAAUGGCUCUGGGACCUCGUCACCGAUGUCCCAUCCUGGCGCACUGCGAUCCUUCUCAGCCACUGGAGUAAUGGUGCUUCCGGCUGGACCCAAGGCCCCCCGGAUGAAAACGCCGUCAUGACGGUCAGCUACUUCAAAGCCUACUUCAACAGCAGCGACUCGCAGCGCCAUUCUGACUACAAGAAUCGCUGCAAAGAUCCCUCGGCUGCGAACGCUAUCUGCGUUAUUCCAGACCAAACGGUCGCACCGGGUGCGGCAGCCGCGCAGAAUGGGUCGGCCUCGACGUAUUUCUUUUCGCAGCAUACCAACAUGACUUCCAAUCAGACAGUAUACACUGGAGUCAACAGUGGUGCCAUUAUUUCACAUGCGACGGUGGCUGGGUUUCCGUUGUCGAUUGUGGGUAUUUUGAUCAUUGCAGUCGCUGGAAACUGGUUCGGCUUAUGA